AUGCCACCCAGUAAAAGAAAAGCACGUAAUCGUAAUUUAUUGAGCAAGAGAUGGUGUACUGGUAAUCUUUUUGAUAAACCACCGCAGCAACAAUCAUCCUCAAGUGAAGACGAAGAAUUUAUUAAUCUACAACCGGAUAUCAUCGGCUUUACCAACAAGCAAAUUUCAACAGACAUCGGUGACUUAUAUACGUUAUGUGCACAACAAUGUCAUCCAAAAUUUUUAAGUACCAUGAUCUAUAUGAUUUUGAGACAUUUAAAUUUAUCAUGGAGAGACACUGAUCAAUUUUUAAGUUCAUUUGGAACAAUAGGCAUCCUAACGUUACUAUAA